GAAAACUCAGGCAGGUUGAGUUUGACCGGUUAUGGAGGUUUGAAAUCUGAAAUGAUAAUUCAUAGUUGUCACGGAUGAGCCAUGCCUCCAAGCCUCAGGCAGAGGUUAGCUCAUCGAACGCGCGUUCAAGAUGCGGUGGACCCCCGUUUACUGAGUCAGGAAACGCGCUUUCCGUGGGCCCCACACUUUUCGCGCGAUAGAGGAAGCCUCUUUCGCUCCUCAUAUAAAUUCAUAUUACCAGCGAAGAGACGGUAUGGUAGCAUCAAUGGGUAAGUGUUGCUUGAAGCCAAAGAAGCAACAAAAAGUAGAUGGCGAGUGAGCUUCGAGCCGAAGGAGCAUUCCGCAAAGUAAACAAGCUCAGUUAAUGCUGUCCUCUUUUGAUUCUGUUCUGUAUCUUCAGCCGCAUGUUUUUCGAUUUGGAUGCUCACAACCGUCGCCACCGCAUAGCCUUGCGCCUUUUGCUCAAGCUUCGGCGAUGUCGCAGAAGAGACGCCCCGAAGAUGGCAAGGCUAAACCAGAAAGUAGCAGUCCGGAGGAUAAGCGCAGAAAGGUUCCCGCCCUUACCAGUGUGGUGCAUGAGGCGAUGAGAUUACACUCUUUCCGGAAUUUGUUGGAGCCGAUUCUAGAGCCCUUGCUUCGUCGAGUGGUUAAGGAGGAAGUUGAAUCGGCUCUUAGGAGGCAUUUAAUAAGCAUGAAACAGGCCUGUGAGAAGGAGAUUCUUACUUCUGAAUCAAGAAAUUUGCAGCUGCGAUUUGAGAGCAAUAUCUCUCCUCCCAUUUUUACAGGAGCUCGAAUUGAAGGGGAAGAUGGCUCCAAUUUAAGGAUAAGUUUAGUUGAUGUCCUGACUGGACAGGUUGUUAGUUCAGGACCUGAAUCUGCAGCUAAGGUGGAAAUUGUAGUACUUGAGGGUGAUUUUGAAGACAGAAGUGAUAUUUGGACGCCUGAAGAGUUUAGGAGCAACAUUGUAAAAGAGAGAGAUGGAAAAAAGCCUCUUCUCACUGGAGAUGUAUUUUUGUAUCUUAAAGAUGGGAUUGGUGUGGUGGGUGAAGUUUCAUUUACAGAUAAUUCAAGCUGGACAAGGAGCAGGAAGUUCAGGCUAGGAGCUAGAGCUGUAAAUAACUUUGAUGGAUUUAGUAUUAAAGAAGCAAAGACAGACUCAUUUAUUGUCAGAGAUCACCGAGGGGAAUUGUACAAGAAACACCACCCUCCUAGUCUGUCUGAUGAAGUCUGGAGAUUAGAAAAGAUUGGCAAGGAUGGAGCUUUCCACAAGCGUUUGAGUCAGGAAAAGAUCGAUACUGUGAAAGAUUUUCUCACACAGCUCAACUUAGACUCAGCAAAGCUUCGCAGUAUCUUGGGUACAGGUAUGUCCACGAAAAUGUGGGAAGCAACAGUGGAGCACGCUCAAACAUGUGUGCUUGAUACGCGGAGGUUUCUGUACUUCCCUUCUCAUUCCCAACCAAAAUCUGGUGUUGUCUUCAAUGCUGUUGGACAAGUGACGGGACUGCUCUCUGAAAGUCAGUUUGUCCCUGUUGAUAAGCUGUCUGAAACUGAAAAGGCCGAUGCUCAAAGCUCAGUACUUUAUGCAAUUCAACAAAGGGAGAAAUUUGACUCUUUCAAUGAUGGAGCCUCUCUGAUGGAGGACAACUUACUUUUCCCGUCAUGCUCACCCAAUUCAGAUGGAUAUAGUGCCAGCAAGAUUUUGUCUCCUCAAAAGACUGAUCGAUUUGAUUACUUCCAGGGGAGUGCCCCCUCUCCGGAUAUAUUGUCAUCCGUGUACUCUGUUGGAGCUAGUGACUUGGAUGAAUAUUGCUUGCCCAUCAGUGACGGCAUGAAUUUCAGAUAUGACCAAACACUAGGUUUUCCAGUCCAAACUUCUAAUUCUUUCAUUGGUGAAACAGAUACUGUGUCUCAUGUUUUCGAUGAUCAUGCCCAUCUUCAUUUCCUUGAUGCUGAUAUUCAGUCUCCAAUCCAUAAGCCGGAUAAGAGUGCUGUUGAUGGCAAAGCACAAAAGAGAUGGAGAAUGCUAUUCAAUGUCGUAAAAUGGCUCCUGUUGAGGAAAAAGAAGACAUGAUUUAGAAGCUGAACGUUACAGGAAUGGGUUUGUGUUCUAACAAGAACUACUGGCUAUGUUUAUGAUUGCUGCCUUAAAAAAAAAAAAAAAGAUGUAAAUUGUUGAGAAAAUAUUAUGGUUUCUCUCGCAGAUGUAAAUACACAUUCGAUGACCUUGGCUCUCAUAUAAAUAUAUAUAUAUAUAUAUGUACACAUCUUGCAAGAGGUCAUUGAACUUCUGUCCUUUUAUUGUCUCAAGUCAAGUUGUAAAUACUUAGUAUUAUACAGUGAGGAGGUGGUUUCUUGUUGGUGAAGAGAUACUUAGACUAGUGGAAGUGAUCUUGGUGAUUCAGUGGCUUUUAUGCUGGAUCAUAAUUUUUGUAAGCAAGCUUCGGCCAAUAAAAUCAUUCACUCUGGACAACGCACAUCGCGGCUCAAGUUUUCAUGGGACAAGAUAUCUCUCAGGUCUGUUCUGAAUAUGCACAAAGGUUCUCUUCAUUUUUUUUCUAGAAGAGUGCACGAUAUGAAGUUCAGGAAACAGGAUUAUGAGAUUAUUUGCGUAUCGUACUGUGUAUGGAAUCUAUUCAAAUUUCUUGCAAUAGUAAAUUGUUUGUGUUGAUCUUU